AUGAGACGCUCUCGUUCUUGGCGUUGCGUUGCACUGUUUCUGCUGGUCAGCAGAAGCCGUACUUUAUCUUCGCUGCUCGACGCGUCUUUCUUCGUCGCUACUAUGCCAGCACCUGUCGAUUUCAACGAUUCACAUGCUCCUCACGUAGGUCGUCCAUCUUACAGCGACAGCCGCAUUUCGGUAGAAAGGACUUUACCGACCCCCAAGUCUGGCAGCAGCAAAGGCAUGCCUUCCCAGAUGCCGUGCCAGAAUGGUGAAACAAAGGAAAAGCGGGGAGAUCAGCAGGGCGUUAUGUCAGGACACCAUCCGGUAAACGCAGACCCCGCCACACCCGCGAACUCACGAGAAAAACCUUGCCGAUGUUCCUGCUGCGAGAAUAGGUCCCACGACGCGCCUCGUGUCCGUUUUACGAUGCCGAAGAAGUCCAACUUCACCGAAAAAGAAACUGAAAAGUCCGGGUUGCACGUCUCUCUGCGUCGACUGCCAGACAGCGAGAAAGGCCAAGUAGAAGGCGUUUCUCCUGUGCAUCACUCUCGACCCGCGAGUCAGGACGGCAACGAGGCAGCGUUGCGAACCGCAGAAACUCACGCACCGCAGCAAAAUCCGGAUCGAGAAAGUCGGGUGUUUACUUCUGAGCACGUAAAGGAAGUCGAACAGGCAGUGCUCUUCGUCCCUAUCACAAAACUGGUGCCGUUUUUCGUGACUCCUGCACAGCGGUGGAGUGCUGAUCACUUGGCCGCCAUGAUGAUGGGUGGGGGUUCUCUAUUCGCGUUCAGGGGCUUCGAACCUCUUUACUGA